CAUUGGCAACCCACUCUUACCACUGUACCGUGCACUCUAGUGGACCCCUGUGAAAAAUGCGCGUCACACAUACUUUGUACUAGCCUACGGAUCACAACAAAGUCCAAUCGUUACCGUUUGCCAUCUCCACUGCAGAUUCUCUCAGUCGAUUACAGUGGCUUUCCCACGGCGAUCACUAUCGGGGAAGACCAGAGGAAAUCCGGGCAUAUCAGAGCUUUAUCGGUGUUCUCGCACGACAGCUAGCCUACUUCACCGAAUUUAGACAUACAACUGUAGAUUAUAAAAUGCUUAUACGCCUGUAUUGCAUGAAUGGCGGGUAUCACCUUCGGAUUCUGGAGGAUGGAACUGUUGAAGGCAGCAGAGAUGAAAAUGAUAUCUACAGUCUACUGGAAGUGAAGGCAGUUAGUACUGGUGUUGUGGUCAUUAAAGGUAUUGAGGCUGGUCAGUACCUUUCCAUGGGUAGAGAUGGCAGGCUGGUUGGAUCGGCCUCUGCUACAGAUGAAUGCUACUUGUUGGAGAACUUGGAGGAGAACCAUUACAAUACCUACCAAUCGCAGAAGUAUAUCAGCUGGUAUAUUGGGAUUAAGAAGAAUGGCAAGACCAAAAAUGGCUCUCGGACCCACAUUGGUCAGAAAGCCAUAUUCUUCCUCCCUCGGAAGGUGGAUUAACAUCCGUGAGUGAAGAAAAAAUGUAGCUUGGCAAUGAAGUGAGAAAAAAAAAGUGUGAAUGUUGAAACCAUGCUGCUAAUACAUUGAAUCCUCUCAAUGCAUUAACUUGAUACCCCAACCCACUAACUUGAACCACCUGCAGAUUUUUAACAACACACCUGCCUCUAUGUACUCACUCACCCUGUUAACUACAUUAGGCAUAGAUCAGAAAUGUCUAUAGCUCUUAACUUUAGCUCUGUCCUGCUGUCAAAAUCUGAACUGCAACCUCACUAUAAGGAAUGAUAGCUUUAUUUAUAUUUAAUAGACUGUUCCUUGGUGUUUGGGAAUGAGCUCUUUUAAAUGCUAUAUAUUUUGUUACGACUUAUUUUGUAUAUUUGCACAGUGAAAAGUUAUAUUUAGUUUUUAUAAUCAAUAAGAAUAACUCUACAGUCUCCACAGCUGAGAGUGCUUCCUAUCUAUGAGUCAUUUGCCUCAAUAUGCCUCUGCUGCUAUAGGUGUGGAAGAUGUUUUAGCUGUAAACUCAACAACACCCACAGGUCCCACACUCACACAAACAUAAAUAUGAAUGUACCCUGAAUGUGUUGGUUCAUAAUAUACUGUAUAUACACAAGAGUAACUAUCUAUGUGUACAGGAUCAUUGGUUUAUUCUGCUCUGCUAUGUAGCACUCCAAAAAUGUACUAACACAUGAUGCAGUACAACAGCAACACACUACAUAAACACUCCAAAAUGUAUGGAAGUACUUUUUUCCCCCCUGAAAUGUACCACUUGCAUACUAUUUGGGCCAUUCAAAUAAACAUUUCAACCAAUCUUAAUUACAGAACAUUGGGCUGGUUUCCCAUAUCCUAGUGAUACCAGACUCUCUACUUUGUUUCAUUUUGUGAAUAGUCUGGCCCCUCAUGAUUGGGAAAUGUUUCCAACUCUAGUAUCAUAACAUGCAUAGACUUUGCGUUGACUUUGGUUUGGCUGAACCAAUGAUUUCAAUCACACUGGUCAGGGAUUCCUAAUGUUACUUCCUACUUCGCCUAACCUUUACAAAUUGUUAAUAAACCCCAUUGCCAGUUGCUUCUGCCGUCUACCACAGCCACUCAAUUUUAAGACUAGCGUAAUCCCCUCUCAUUGCUGAUUGGCCCCUCACGCUUUGUGUCAGAAGGAAACAUUAUCAGCAUCAUAGUUGACCCCACAAGGCUUCCGUUUUAACAUUCCAUAUGUUAUCUUAAUGCAGAGGAAGUAGAUUGGGAACCAAAUAGAACGUUCAAGCAUUGUUUUUGUUUUUAUUGUUGAAAGGGUCUAUAGUGUAGUGUUGUGUGCCAGACUAGUAUCUCACUGAAAGGAGAGCUAGGUUUUCCCAUACAUGAUUAAGCAUGGUCCUAAACUAAAAAAAAACUUCAAUGAAAAUCUUUGGGAAACAGGCAAAAUUACCUUAC